CCCACAGAAACCUACGACGACAAAGGGCAAAGUGAAAGUAACAGGACCGCAAAAGAAAAACACAGUGUCACAAUUAAAAGUAGGCCCUAUGGCAGAAGAGCAUGCAAGUAUUGAAGACCCCCAGGAUGACAGGGAGGUGUUUGAAGGAGCUACUAUACAGAUGGUUGAUGACAUGGCAGAGGAGCCUGUAAGCAUUGGCGACCUCCUGGAUGACUGGGAAGUUUUUGACCAAGCUUCUACACAGAUAGAAUGUCCUACUGUCAGGUUCUUCAGCAAGGUGCCAGGGGACAUUAAAGAACACAUCGAAGACUUUAGGUCCUCUGUUAAAAGGCCCUUUUCCACCGAAGUGUCCUCGUCAGAGUGCAGCGAUAUCGUGCUGAAUUUUUGCCCUGUCGAUUCCGAAGCAGGUUUUGACGUUGAAGCCAUUCUGAAAGAGAUCCCAGAUUGCAAGCCUGCCAUCUUGGUUCUGAUGCACCACACUGAUAACCCUGCAUAUGUGGUACCAGACCGUAGCAGCUAUGAAAACAAGAAGGAUAUACCCAUAGUGCACCUGCUGUACCAUGAACACAAGGGACUCCUGAAAUGUCAAAAGAAUGAUGAAGCUCGUAAAACAAUCGUGGAAACCUUAGAAAGUUAUGAAGAAUAUGAUAAGUGUGAAGAUGCAAAAGACAUUGAGUGCCCAUCAGUACGUAUCCAUAGCAUUGUUCCAGGAAGUAUUAAAAAACAUAUCAGCACUUUCAAGACUUCUUUGGUUGGGAGUCCCAAUCUGACUGAAGUGUCCAGUUCAAAAUGGUCAGAUGUCAUCCUUGCUUUCUGUCCUAUCGUGUCUCGAGUUGGAACUGACAUCGAAGCUGCUCUCAAGAACAUUGAAGACAAAAGCCCUAGCAGCACAAAACCUGCCAUCCUGGUAGCAAUGCACCAUACAUUUGAACCUGAGUAUGUCAUACCAGACACCAGGCGCUUUGGAAGAGACAAGGGUGUUCAUAUCGUGGACUGCCUGUUCCACGAGGAUUCAGGGCUCCUGAAGUGUAAGGCAAACCAAGACGCAGCGGAAGUCAUCAAGCGGUGCUUGGAUGAGGAGCUCAAAAAGAAAACAUUAAAGCCUUCACAAGCUGUGGAUUCAGAUCCUGCUACUCAACAGGAGUCCUAGACAAUGUUUGUGAUUCGACUAGAUGUGUCAUAGCCGAGUGUCAAAAGGGUCUUUCCAGUCUUCUGGGCUUAAAUUACACACAGAGUCUAUUGUUGGAGGCUGCUUCUGGGGACCCCCCGACCCCCACCCCUCU